AUGAGAUGUACCACACCAUACGCUUUUCUUGUGACAUCGCUUGUCGCACUAAGCGGUGCAUCUAGCCAUCGUAGUAGUUGCACAAAAUCCGCUUUUCAGCAUGCCCUCCCCAAAGAAGCAACCGUUUUAUCCACGGCCUUUGUGGAGGCUGGGGGUAGCUACGGCGAGGGAGCUCCUGAUAUUGCCUAUCCCUCAAACUCAACUCAUCUCCCCGAGCUCUGCGCUGUGAUUGUCAACGUCACCACCUCCGCUAUUUCCUCAUAUCGCUUUGGUAUAUUCUUGCCUUCUAAAUGGAACGGCCGCUUUCUCACAGUCGGCAAUGGCGGAUUUGCCGGUGGCAUCAACUGGCUAAGCAUGGGUAACGGUGUGACCUAUGGCCACGCCGUUGUAUCGACAGAUACUGGCCACAACUCGACUAGUCUAGAUGUCUCAUGGGCACUUAAUAAUGAGGAGAAGCGGAAAGAUUUUGGCUUCCGAGCAAUUCACGGGUCGGUCGUGUUUGGUAAAGCCCUGACCGAAGCCUUCUAUCGUCGAGACAUUGAGUAUUCGUAUUAUGCUGGCUCUUCGACUGGUGGCCGUCAAGGCCUGAAGGAGGUGCAGCUUCAUGCCGACUCCUUUGAUGGGGUCCUUAUUGGCGCCCCAGCAUGGUGGACUGCACACCAGCAGCCAUGGACAAGCAAAGUCGCAACUUACAACUUGCCCGUAUCAGGUCCCAAUCACAUUUCCAGUGAUCUAUUUGCCGUUAUAGCCAACCAAGUUAUCAAGCAAUGUGAUUCUCUCGACGGAGUCGUCGACGGGAUUGUAUCAUCUCCUAGUGAGUGCAACUUAGAAAGCUUAGCAUUGGCUUGCGAUACCGAGACGGCCAAUGCCUCUGCUUGCCUCACGGCCCCUCAGCUCCAGACUCUGCAGAAAAUCUAUGCCAACUACACUGUUAAUGGAGAACUUAUCUUUCCCGGAAUGGAAUUAGGUUCCGAGGCAAGUUGGUCAAUGAUUCUCUCUGGCGAUGCACCAUCCGGGCUUGGAGACGGUUAUAUCCAGAACUUCGUUUUAAACGACCCCGACUGGACUUGGGAGCAUUACAACGAUAGUAUUGUCUUACUUGCCGAAAAGCUUGACCCAGGUAAAUGCACGGCUUGGGAUUAUAGCUCCCUCAGCAAAUUCCGCGACCGCGGUGGCAAGCUCUUCCUCUUUCACGGGCUUGCUGACGGUGGCAUUGUGUCUCGAUCAUCCGGUGUUUUUUACGAGCGCGCGCUGGCUCUUCUUGGAGGCUCGGAUGCAGUGCGAGAUUGGUUCCGCUUAUUCUACAUCCCGGGGAUGGAGCAUGUAGGAGACACGCCCGUGGGGGCCCCCUGGUUCAUAUCUGGUGGCUCUCAAGCAAGCCGACUAGGAUCGAACGCAUGGGCGGGACGGACUGGGCUAGAGGAUCCUCAGCAUGACGCGUUGCUCGCUCUGAUGGAUUGGGUUGAGAAGGGGUCGGUGAUCAAGCAAGUUAUUGCGACUACAUGGACCAACUCGACGGAUCCUGCUUCGGGCGUGCUUCGGCAAAGACCACUUUGCCCCCACCCAGAGAAACAAGUCUACAUUGGUGGCAAUGAGAAGGUCCCAGAGAGUUGGAAGUGCGUCUAG